AUGGCCCUAAUCUAUCCCUUCACCAUGUUGACAUCAGUUUUUAUUGAAACCUCAGGAGCUGUUGUGAGACCUGUGAUUUCCUUCUCCCCAAACUGGAGCCCAAUAUUCACAGGAGAAUCUGUAACUCUGACCUGUAAUGUGGCUCCUACUGCCCAAGGGAACCUGGAAUAUUCCUGGUACAGGGAUGAAUACUGGAUACCUGGGAAUCAGCAGAGACUUGUCAUUGGUAGUGGCAUAAAGUCAGACAGUGGGGAUUAUCAGUGUCAGACCGGUGUCAAUAAAAUAAGUUACCCUGUUAGACUGGAUAUUAAGUCACUUCGGCUCAUCCUGCAGGCGCCCCCUGUUGUUCAUGAAGGAGACUCCCUGUCUCUCAGGUGUCACAGUUGGACUGGAUAUUACACAACAACACCAGUAUUUUACAAGGACAAUGAGAUCAUUGAGUCCCCAGUCAGUGAGUCUGAGUUACACAUAGGAAGAGUGGAUGUUACUGCGUCUGGUACUUACAAGUGUAAAAAAGAAUUCUAUUUUGAUAAUCCUUACACGAUUGGUUAUCGCACUUACACUGAUGAAAAAUACAUUUUAGUCUCAGAGCUUUUUACUGCACCCCAAAUAAAAGUGAGUCCAGAUCAGGUGACAAAAAGAGAUCACAUGACCAUAACAUGUGACACAAAGCUCAGCCCACACAGAGAGACUACAGAGCUACAGUUUGUUUUCUACAGAAAUGGGCACAAUGUGCAGGGAUUCAGUUUAUCCAACCAAUAUGGAGUCCCCUCAGCUCAGCUGGAGGAUUCUGGGAAUUAUACCUGUGAGGUACAAACUCCAACUGGCAGUGUGAGGAUGAGGAGUAGUGUGGUACAUAAUCACAUACAGGAACUGUUCACCUUACCGCAAGUAAAAGUGAGUCCAGAUCAGGUGACAGAAGGAGAUCACAUGACCAUAACAUGUGACACAAAGCUCAGCCCACACAGAGCGACCACAGAGCUACAGUUUGUUUUCUACAGAAAUGGGCACAAUGUGCAGGGAUUCAGUUUAUCCAACCAAUAUGGAGUCCCCUCAGCUCAGCUGGAGGAUUCUGGGAAUUAUACCUGUGAGGUACAAACUCCAACUGGCAGUAUGAGGAAGAGGAGCAAUGUGUCAUAUAUCCAGAUACAGGAGCUCUUCUCUUUCCCACAAAUAAAAGUUAGCCUACACCGAUUGGUAGAAGGAGAUCACAUAACCAUGAUAUGUGACACAAAGCUCAGCCCACACAGAGAGACUACAGAGCUACAGUUUGCUUUCUACAGAAAUGGGCACAAUGUGCAGGGAUUCAGUUUAUCCAACCAAUAUGGAGUCCCCUCAGCUCAGCUGGAGGAUUCUGGGAAUUAUACCUGUGAGGUACAAACUCCAACUGGCAGUGUGAGAAAGAGGAGCAAAGAGUCACAUAUUGAAAUACAAAAUGGGCAUCUGGCUUACCUGGUACCAACUCUCUCAAGGAUGCUAGCAGUGCUGGGUAUCAUUGCUAUAGUCAUCUUUAUCUUCAAGUUUCGAUCAAGUUGUUGUCCUCUGCAUCACUUCAAAACAGAUAGGAACUCAUCUAAUACCAAUGAUAGUACAAUAAUAAAUAUUGUUAUUAACUGUGCCAGUACAGGGAGUGAUGAAGAGAUGCACAGUCCACCAAUGUUGAAUGAAGAUAUAGCAGACGUGGCCAGUUGUGGUUUCCAUGUGGAAGAAGAUAUCUGUUAUACCUCCAUUUAUUUCAGUCACAGCCAAAAAGAUUCUCCUGUGCAGAGCAAUAACAAUGAUAUGUCUGUUACAUACGCUGUAAUAAAGGGAGGCCACAGAAAGAAAGACAAACUGCCAACCCCCAACCAAGAGAUCUCCAACACCUCCUGCAUCUACGGCAAUAUCAACUCUGAAUAAAGUCAACAAAAGCUUAAUCUCUGACUGCUCAAUAGAGUAAACUUCUAUUUUG